AUGGAUGAUGAGCUAACUGAGAAUUUAUGUGUAAGGAUUAAAGAGCAGACCAGUAUGGGCGACACUGUAGUGGGCAUCUGCUAUAGGCCACCUGAUCAGGAACAACAAGUGGAUGAGGCCCUCUACAGACAGCCCGGCGCUCCGGAGGUGUCAGCCGGCAGGUCCCAGCCGGGGCGGCACCGGCGACUCCACUCUCCGGGGGACGAAGAGCUGCUUACGGUGAGAGGAAGAGGGCGGCGGGGAGGUCCCCGCUCUUCCCGGGAUGCGCCGCCAAGGUGGCUGCCGCCUCCUCCUCCGCCCAGCUCUUUCCUCGGGGUCUGCCCGCUCCGGGCUUCGCGCUGUCCUGAGGUGCAGCCCGGCCCCGUCCGGCCGUCCCGCUCGCCUUCCCCCGCCCCUCUCCCCGGCGGCGAGCCGCGCGGCGCACAGGCCCCGCCGGCGGCCAGCAGGACCCGGGGGCGGCGGGGGAUUCCGGCCCGGCCUCCUGUCCGCCUCCCUCUCCCCGGGGCCUGGUGCACACUCUCCGCGGGGAGAGGAGGCCCUGCCCCGGCCUGGCGGGCGGCAAGCAGCCCCGGGAAGGUCACCGGCACCGCGGAGCCGAGCACAGAGAGGCUCCCUCCGGCACGGCCGCCGCUACCGCUGCCGGCCUGGCCUCAGCGGCCGCUGGGUGCCGCGCUCCUCCUGAGCUCGCUCUGUACCGGUGCCCGGCGGCCGCCUCCGAGCCUGAGUGCCAGGCUGCCCCCUUCCCCUUCCUUCCUUGCUUCCUUCCUUCCUUGCCUCCCGCCCCUUCCCCGCUGCCAGCCUUCCCCCGCCGGGUCCCUCCGGCGCCCGGUGCCAGGCUGCCCCCUGCGGGUCUCGGGGCCGAGGCUGCCCGGCGCUGCGCCCAGCGGGCCGAAGCGGAGGCGGGCGCCAGGGCGGCCGCCGCUGCCGUUCCGCGGGUGCCGGGAGCGAGGUGCCCGCCACCUCUCUGCCCCGGGCUCAGCGGCAGCUGCAGUGACUGUGUGUCUGUGUCAUGUCUGUGCAUGGGCGGGCGGAGGCGCGGGCCGAGGCGGAGCCAAGCCCGCUGACACGCCGCCCAGCGACAGGCGCCGAGCGCCCAACCAGCAGCGGCCGUCACCGCGGCCCGCCCGCCCGCGCAGCGCGGCGCCCCGGGCCGCUACACCUGGGCCCGGGCGGAGGGGGCAGCGAGCCCGUCCGGCGGGAGCGGGCUGUGCCGGGAGGGCCGGCUCUGCGGUCGGCGGCCGCCCCCCCGCUCCACGGCGGUCCCGAGCGCCGCACCUGAGGCGCCGUCCCGCGCUGUGGUUUCUCCCAGAAUUCAGUCGUACUUCUAGACACAAAAAGAAUCUUCUGGCAAAGAAAAGCAACAUUGGACAAACUUUUAAGUAAUUUUAAACCUUACUAUCUAUGAAGGUGAAAUUGACCCAGGUAUUUUUAAGACCAAAUGAAGGAGCAAAACUGAGUUUUUUCUAAGCUGGUUACCUCUCUACUCAAGCCCAAGUAGCGAUGGAUACUGUGAAAUUAACAAUGGUUUUAUCAAACAAGCAAACAAAAAAGGCAGCUUCUGAAGAGAUUUGGAAUGGUGGAAUGUGACCCAAUCUGGGACAAAACGCAAACAGAAGGCGAGUGAAAAUAAAAUGUGCAUGAACCAUUUGUCAUUAUUAGAGACUGUUGGGUAGGUUUGCUACAUAUACUUGUACACUUAAAUGCUUUUUAAAAAAAAAAAAUUCUAGAAAAAGCUUGCUACAUUUUUCUCUAUCAAGAAAUACUACCUAAAGGUAUUACUCUUAGUAGUUCUGGGUAAGAGAGAAGUAAUUUCAUACAGUGCUAUUCACAUUCCAUACAACUAAACUCACCACCUUUCUAAAAGCAACAGUCAAAACAACCCUCCCUCCCAGGCAGAGACAUCCAUAAAUUCUUUGAAACCUUAUCUCGUGUUCACAUACACACAAAAUAAGGGUCUGAUUGUGUUCUGAACUGUGAGACUUGGUGAAUGAGUGAUGCAGAAUCCCCUCCUAGAAUUGCAGGGUCUCCACUAAAAAUGCUUGUAUGUCUCAUCAAGUACUGAAUCUCUCCACUAAUUUUGGCAGGAAUUUGCUCUGUUCCCCUACACUUACCAGUCCCUUUAUUUGAAAAAAAAAUUAAAUAAUCUGACUUAAUUAUCACGUAAAUUGUUUCAGAGAGAACCAAAAGAUGCAGGAGUAAAGAAGAACUAGUUAGGUGUAAUCUACUGCUGGUGUUAUGAAAACAUUGCUUUGGGAAAUAAGUAGUAAUCUGUAUGUGAUACAGAACUAGUUUUUGUUUGACACGUGUUCUCUUCAAAGGAGAAAAAAGAAAUCAACCUAACCUGCACUUCUGCAGUUAAAAGAACCUCUUUUCUAAAAUUGUGAUCUAUUCAGUUCAUGUUUUCAGAUUCACUUGAUUUAUUAAAGCAGUAAUUCAUGGGUGCAAUUGGAAACAUCUGGGCAAUGGGAGGGAAUAAAAGGUAGCCAGAAUAAGGAACAGGAGUGCAGACAAAGCACUGAAGCACUUUGCUGCUUAUUUCUUGGUUUUGGGGUUUGUUUCCCCCUUUAUGGCUUGUGUUGCUGGGAUUUACAGUCUAAAAGCUUUAACUCAUUGUUAGUGCUGGUUCUCAUCUGGGAAUAUAUACCUUUAAAUGCUCAUAUAUUCAGUAUGCACUAAAAAUCAGCAACCUUUUUGUACACUGCUAUUCUAUAAAAAGUGUAGGGAAUGCCCAUAAGAGUAUCUUUUCCUUUAGCAAAAAGACACAGCCUGAUUAGAACAUUACAUGAUCUUAAUACGCUUUUGGUAUCCUUGGUAUCUAAGGACUUGACUCCUAAGAUGAUGGUGGUAAUGGCAUGCUGGAAAGCAUGAGAUUGCCAGUCUGAUGACUUUUUCAUGGGUUGUCUAGAACUGAUGGGUAAUGCUAGACAAGAAGGCACACAUGGAGGGAAAGGACUGCUGCCAACAGUAAAAGAGUCACUGUUGCUCCUUCCUCUAUAGCUAUGACAAGAAGCCAAUGUUCCAGCCAUAAGUAGGCAGAGGUUGGUGGGGGAUUAGGAACACUGACAGAUAACUGGCCUCCAGAGGAGGUUUGGAGUGUCUAAGCAAGAAGAUGGUCUUUGAAGACAAGUCCCCAAAAAAUCAGAGAUUCAGAGGAGUGAUGUGCUGUGAUCAAAGACACAUGCCGUGCUUCUGAAGAGGACUUCAGGAAAUGCAACUUCAGCUGGUAUAAAGAACUGUCACCUCUUUGCUCUGGUUAUGUGUAUCCCUAAAUUAGCCAUUAGAUAAUUCUGCCAUUUCACUGAACUUCGGCACAUUCUGCGCUGAAGGUAUUUGUUCUGCCUUGUCCAGGAGGAAAGGCUUUAAUGGUAGUUAUGGAAAUAGAAGAGAGAAUAAAGCUCCCAUCCAAAUCUUAA